AUCAAAUAAAACAUGUAAAACAAAUAUUCCUCCUUAUUUCCUUGAUAGUGUAAUCUAGCCAAAUCAGCUGUUGAGUUUUUGUAUUUUUCUUCCUCUUUGCGUAGUCCUUUAUGUGCGGUGAAACAUCCCUGUGCUGAAGGAAAAACCACCCUUAAGUUGCCUACUAUCAAUUAUCCUCCCAAUUGUCAGUCACACUUCAUAAGGCGUCUUCAAAGGCAGAAAAAAUAAUUUCAGCACAAUUCAACUGCAAAAUAUUGUAAAAUAUAGUAUACUUUAUUAUUAACUUAUUACUAAAGUUAUAUUAAAGCUACUUGAUAGUUAAAAUGUUAAGAGGACAUCAUAAAAAUAAGUGAAAACUACAAUUUUUCACAUUUUCCAACCCAAAGGCGAUACGAUGAAGUGGUCGUGUAUUGUGCAAAAGGGGGCGCAACUAACAGAAAACACCAGAAGCCAUUUGGCACUAGGUGUGGGGAAUAGUGCGGCUGUUAGUGUUAAGCUUAAGAGGAAAUGUGGCAAAGGCGGCAAUUUCGCUGUGGGCCACUUUAUCGAUGCUUGUUGUUUUUUUAUUCGGACUUUUGUUUUGCUCGCGGUGGCUGCGGUAUUUUUGUUUACAAUCGACAGCGUCAAUGCCGUCGCUACUUCAUUGAAGGCGCCACUCGAAGGGGAUAGUGGAACAACAGCGGGAGGGCGACAUCACCAUCAACACGCUGCCGUGAAUGCCGCAGUAUUGCACGAAUACGAGCGCGAGGAGAAGGGCUAUUGUGCGCCGUACAAUGGUAUAAUUUGUAAGCAAUAUGUAAGCGGACAGGUAUGGUAUAGUCGUGAAGAUCCUACGGGCGGCUGGAAGAAUGAGCAAAUAACAACCGCAUUGUGGGAGGAAUUAAUUGCAGACCUUACGGGAUUAUGCCGCCAAGCGGCAGAGAAAAUGUUGUGCGCCUACGCAUUCCCCCAGUGUCAAAGAGUAAAUGGAAGUACAAUAAAGGUGCCGUUAUGCUAUGAAGAUUGCACAGCGACACAUCUACAAUUCUGCUACAACGAUUGGGUGUUGAUUGAGGAGAAGAAAGAGCGUAAUAUAUUUCUAAAGAGUCGUUUGCAUUUCCGCUUGCCCAACUGUGGCGUGCUACCAAGGCACAAUGCCACCGCAAAGAAACCGAAUUGCUCGUACAUUGGACUAACGGAGCUCAAAGAAGCUGAAGUAAGCUACGAUUGUCGGAAUGGCAACGGUCGUUACUACCUCGGCACGGUAAAUGUGACAAAAUCGGGUUUGCCAUGUCAACGCUGGGACGUGCAACAUCCGCACAAACACAUCCAACCGCCACAGGUGUUUCCACAAAUAGCGCAUGGUGAAAAUUACUGCCGUAAUGCCGGUGGUGAAGAACCCUAUCCGUGGUGUUACACGCUGGACGAGUCUGUUCGCUGGCAGCACUGCGAUAUACCACUCUGCCCGGACUAUAUUGAUCUGACUGCCAAAGAUCUCAACACACCCAUAAAAAUGGAAACCUUUUUCACACCAUCAAUGAUCUUCCUACUUGCCGGCAUCGGUUUUGUUGGCAUUGUGGCGCUGCAUUUGAUUAUUUUACUGGUACAUAAAAUAUCCAAGCACAAAGAGUUUUCGUCGCAACAACAACGCCAACCAGUACCAACUUCCGAGUGCAAUGUUACGAUGCGCGGCGGUGGCGAUUGCAAUUUGACAGAGAGCAGAGAAACUUUAGGUUCUAAUAAUGCGGUAGCCAUAAGCAACAAGUGUGGUACCAUUAAAAGUACAGCAACAGUGCACAGUGUAGCUGAGCCCAAAACAAAUUUAAACACCAAAUUGGAGAAACUGGAAUAUCCGCGCGGCGAUAUUGUCUAUGUGCGUUCGUUAGGGCAAGGUGCUUUCGGUAGAGUAUUUCAGGCUAAAGCACCCGGUCUUGUACCAGGCAACGAUGACUAUCUGGUCGCCGUGAAAAUGUUAAAAGACGAUGCCAGCGAUCAAAUGCAAAUGGAUUUCGAGCGUGAGGCCUGCCUCUUGGCCGAAUUCGAUCACGCCAAUAUUGUUAAGCUGCUCGGCGUAUGCGCAUUAGGUCGACCUAUGUGUCUGCUCUUCGAAUUCAUGUCACCUGGUGAUUUGAGUGAAUAUUUACGCGCCUGUUCACCCUAUGCCACACAUCAAAUACAACAACGCAAUCGACAGGAAUUGAAUGAGGGUCACUUAUUACAGAUAGCGGCACAAAUUGCUGCCGGCAUGGUUUAUUUGUCCGAACGUAAAUUUGUACAUCGCGACUUGGCCACACGCAAUUGUCUAAUCAACGAACAAAUGGAAGUGAAAAUUGCCGAUUUCGGUUUAUCACAUAAAAUAUACUUGCAAGACUACUAUAAGGGUGAUGAGAAUGAUGUUAUACCGAUACGUUGGAUGCCACUCGAAAGUAUAUUGUAUAAUAAAUUCUCCAUUGAAUCGGAUGUUUGGGCUUAUGGCAUAUGCUUGUGGGAGAUAUUCUCGUUCGCAUUGCAACCCUACUUCGGGCUGACACACGAAGAGGUGAUUAAGUUCAUCAAAGAAGGCAACGUGCUCAGCUGUCCGGAUAAUACGCCGCUAUCAGUGUAUGCUUUGAUGCGUCGUUGUUGGAAUCGUAAACCAAAUGAGCGUCCCAGUUUUGCUGAAAUCAAUCAUUGUAUACAACACAGUUUGGUGGAGUAUGAGUGCAAAACGAUGAUGUAGAGCACAUGGGGAAGUGAAAAAAGUAUAGUGGUAAUGAAAAAGUAACUGUACUUAUUUGCAACUGGCCAUAUACAAUACAUAAAUACAUCCAUACAUAUACAUAUAUACAAACAAAUAUUUUAGUAUAAGUAACAACAACAAACACUUCCGUUCGAAAAUACUCAGCAGUGGUUGGUUUAAAAUAUAAGUUUAUAAGAAAUAGCAAUAGUUUCGUAGAAAAGAAUUGUGUAACAACAACAAUAAGCACUAAGCACAAAUUAUGCAUUUACAAUUAGUACUUAUAUAAUAAUACUUACGAAAUAGUACACAGAAAAGUUGUGUUCAGGCAAUAAUUUAUGUAGUUGUGUGCAACGUAUGCAGUCCAGCUCAACAAGUUUCCUUACUUUUAUAUAUAUUUUUAUUAAACAAGUAUACUCAGUCAUCUAUUAUAAGGUAUAUUUGAAUUUUGUGCGUUAACUUCGACUGUAUCGAAGCUAUAAUACCCCUCACAGGUGCAUUUCUUAUAACAAAAAAAGGAUAUAAAAAGAUAUUUAUUUCGGAAAACGUACCGUUACCUUGGAUAAUAAUCCAUGCCAAAUUUCAUGAAGAUAUCUCGUCAAAUAAAAAAGUUAUCCAUACAAUGACUGGAUUCCGAUUAAUCAGUUUGUAAGGCAGGUAUACGCUAUAGUGGUCGAAUAUCGGCGGUUCCGACAAACGAGCAGCUUAUUGCGAAGAAAAUUUUGUGUGCAAAAUUUCCCAUCGAUAUCUCCAAAACUGAGGGACUAGUUCGCGUUAUAUACAGACAGACUUGACAAUUUUCGUAUCAAACUUAAUAUGCCCUGUUCAGGGUAUACAAAAUAUGAAAUUUAAUUUUUCAAUAGUUAUAGUUUUUUUUUUAUAACAAAAAUCUUCCUCAAACACGUUCCAAUCAUCGAGCAGCGCUAGUCUGCACUAUUCAACUCAACGAAUUAUACUGAUAAUUUUUAUAUAUUUAUAUAUAAGCAUACAAUAAUGCAUCAGCAGUCAACAUAUCCGAUGGAUUUUAAAUUAAACUAAUAAUUUUACAAUAACAAAGUAAUUUAGGUUGCUAUGAGUACAAUAUUUUUUAAUAAUUUAUGCACAAAGCAAAUAAAAGAGAUUUAUUUGUAAAAAUAUAUAUUAUAAAAAAAAUAUUAUUAAAGUCAAUAUAUACACAUGUACAUAAUAUACAGUGAAACAAACAAGCAUAAUACAGACAUAAUUGCAUAUUGUAUAACAAAUAACCGAUGUUUGUGUAAUAAAUAAAUAAAAUUUCAAAAAAAGACACUACAAAUUUUCAUACUAAAUAGUAAGCAAUGCGUACCAUGUUUAUAAAUAUAUACAUAUGUAGUUUCUUAUUAAAUAAAAAUUGGUGACAACAGUAAAGGAAAAUGUGUAUUGGAAUAAUGCUCAUUUAUAUAUUAUAUAUAAGAAAAUAUAUGCUCUAAAAUUUUUU